UUUCACUUUAUCUUUCUUGGUCAUUUUGUAUAUUCUUUCAAGUUAAUGCAGCCCUGUUCCAUCAUUUCAACUGCUCAUUGCACAUUUUUGCUUCCCUUUCUUGCCCAGCACCGCUACAACGACUCUUGAUUUGAAUGUCAUAAAUGUACGAAUCGCCACCACCACUCAAGUUCCCUUCGCUCGCCAUUUUACGCAGAUUGACUCGAAGCAUUUUAAGCGAAUUGUCGAGCGAAGAAAUUGAAGUCCUGCACAGUAAACGAGGUAACCUCGUUUUCAAACAAUUUGGCAGCGGUGCCGGCGGCGCCCCUAGUAAGCGAAAGCCAAAGGUCACGAACGCUUGCCAAAACUGCAAAAAGAGCAAAACCGGCUGCGACGGAUAUUUGCCUUGCGAAAAUUGUAGUAAACGGUCAAAACUAUGCGAGUAUCCACCUGGCGUUACCCCUCAACCAAAACUGGUUUCUGCGAUUGGCACGAGUGGCGCUGCUCCAGUUGACCCGAUAACAAAGACAGCAACUACUAAAACUACAACACAACCCCUGCCAACGCCCACGGAACCAUCCGAACUCAACCCCGUGUCGCACGACGAUAUGCUUCCACCACCACCUCCUCCUCCACAACCUGCUUUUGUCAUCGGUCGCUUCAGCGCACAGCAACAACAGCAGCUACCACCGCCACCAACACAACAACACUACUUUCCGGUUCCAGAGGCCGUUACCUUGGUGACUGAGAACAAUGUCAAUAACGCCACAAGCCCGCCUUCAUCAUUACAGCGCCAAGCAUGCACGGACCGCUACGGCCAUUUCACAGGCGACACUACAUUUUUCAUCCCACAGCAAUCCGCACGACUACCUGCUGGGCCGUCGUCGACCUUUCCACAACGUCCAGAAACACCUCAGUUUUUGUCGGCUGACAUCCAGACAUCGCUUAUUGACACCUUUUAUGCACACGCUAAUCCGUUUUUCCCUGCCAUUAUGAACAAAGCCCAGAUGUUGGCUGAGCUCAACUUGCUGCGCACAGACCAGCCUUCUCAAUUGUCCCAGCUCUUUUUUCAUGCUGUUUUCUCUCGGGCUGCAAGCUUGACAUCCGGCGAAGAUUUUGUGCAACAAGAUACGCCCGAAAGGAAAACCUGGUCUUCUAUCAGCGAUGCAUUAAUUGCAUCGGCGUUCGAAGCGCGUGAUGAUUACCUCGAAUCGCCACAUAUCAGCACUCUAUUGGCGCUUGUCAUCAUUGCCAAUCAUUAUGAACACAACAAACUCGCCAAAAACCUGCGUAGAGCCUGGAUGCUGAUUGGCGACGCUGGACGACUGGCGAUCGACAUGGGCUUACAUCGAGCAUCACGGUUACUACUGCAUCCGGAUGGCGAGGGCGAUGUCUCGACACAGAUGUGUAUCCGAGCCUUUUGGGCUGUAUGUGUUUCAGAGCGAACAAUGAGUAUCACAUACGGUCGGCCAUCCAUGUUUGAUGAUAAAGACAUCGAUGUUCCACCACCGAAAUGCCUGCCCGAGGAUGACGAACAAACCCAAAACUGGGUUGAAAGCUUACGACAGCUAGUUACGAUGAGCAACAUUGCCUGUCGGAUUAUGAGGUUCAAUUAUUCGGCACAGACACAGUUCUCCGGUGCUUUCAGGUUUAGGUGAAUGCUGCUGUAUCAACAAUAGAUUGCUGGAUGUGCUCAGAAAGUGAUGAUGAUUUGGAAGAUCGACUAUUGCUAGGGAUUGAGACCAGCGAUCCACGUAAAAGGUUGAACGAUUUGGAGGCGCUCUAUUUCUAUUCAAAUCUGAUCCAGCUCCACAAGCCGUUCAUGCGUCAGGAUGCGAGUACCAAAGGCAAUGAUUCGACAAGGCCAUCCUUUGUAAUUUGUCACUUGGCCGCUGUUGCGAUCAGUCACAUUGCUCAUACAACUCCCGUCACUGAGCUAGCC